AUGCACUACCUAACCAGCCUCCUCCCCCUCACCCUCCCCAUCCUCUCCGCAGCAUCCCCGCUCCGCCCCCAUGAAACAGAACUCACCCCUCUCCCCCUAAUAAUCUGGCACGGCCUCGGCGACGACUUCCAGCGCGAUGGCAUGAAAGAAGUUGCCGCGCUUGCCGAGUCCACAAACCCCGGAACCUACGUGCACCUCAUCCACCUCGGCGACACCGCCAGCGCCGACCGCCAGGCCACCUUCCUCGGCAACAUUACCGAGCAAAUCGCCCUCGUCUGCAGCCAGCUCCGCGCGGACCCGAUCCUCUCGACCGCCCCGGCCGUCAACGCGCUAGGCUUCUCGCAAGGCGGCCAGUUCCUGCGCGGGUACGUCGAGCGCUGCAAUGACCCGCCCGUCCGCAACCUCGUCACCUUUGGCAGCCAGCACAACGGGAUCGCCGAGUUUCAGGAGUGCGCGUGGAGCGACUGGAUCUGCCGGGGCGCCGAGGCGCUGCUGCGUGCGGGCCGGUGGUCGAGUCUCGCGCAGUCGCGGUUCGUGCCUGCGCAGUACUUCCGCGAUCCGGAGGAGCUGGACGCGUACCUCGAGCACAGCAAUUUCCUUGCGGACAUCAAUAACGAACGCGUUCUGAAGAAUGAGAGAUACGCUGAGAACCUGCGGGGGUUGAAUCGCUUUGCGAUGUACAUGUUUGAGGAUGAUACUAUGGUGAAUCCGAAGGAAAGUGCGUGGUUUGCGGAGGUGAACAGGACGACGGGCGAGGUGACGCCGCUUAACCAGAGGCGGUUGUAUAAGGAGGAUUGGCUGGGGUUGAAGGCGCUGGAUGAACAGGGAAAGCUGGACUAUAGGACUGUUCCGGGUGGUCACAUGCAGCUAGCCGAGGAGACCCUGGAGAAGGUCUUCAAGGAGUAUUUUGGGCCAGUCGAGGUGGAACUUCCUCCGGAUAAUGCCCUACUCAAGCAGACUGGCUUGUAG